GGAAAUUGGAAUCAGUUUGAACCAUCAACCUUUUAUAUUGAGAUUAAAUUUUAGACAUUGACCAUUAAUAAGUUGAUUACAGUUAAAGUGAGUGGACAUUAAGAUAAUCAAAUAUGAAUAGUUGGUUAUUAGGAAAAGUUUUCGUUGUUAAAAAUUCAUCAAAAAAGUUUUGUUCAAUUUCCUCAUGUUCAACAAUGAUAAUGGUCAUUUCGAUGUCCAUGUGUUUUCUCAUGAUAAGUUUACCUUUAUCGGAAGCUCGAAUUGACUCGAAAAACAAGGAAAUGGACCCAAGCCUUUUGGAAGAGAAAUUUCGAUCUCCAUCUUCCUUAUCAUCAUCAUCUUUAUCAGCUGAUAUCUCAUCAGGAUCAGGUGAUGUUCAACCAGCUUCCGAUGCUCUUCAGCAUUUCCUCAAAGAGCUGGACAGGUAUGUGGCCAUUGCAGGGAGACCAAGAUUUGGACGAAGUGCUUACAAACCUCGGCCUCUUUUGUCUGAAUAUUUGCUAUCAAGGAAUCUCAAUGAAUUUCCCAUGAUAAGAUAUUUAGAUCACACAGAUUAACGGCACAAUUAAGAAUCAACAGUUUAUCCAAAUCCUGGAUCACUGUUAUGAUUAAAAUGCGAAAUUUCAUUUCACUGUAUUGAUAAAAAUAACUAAUAAAAAUCUUUUCCCUGUUUCGAUUGUAAACUUAA